AUGGGACGUCACUCAAUAGCCGAAGAAAUCUACGAUAAUGAGACUAAAAUCAACUUCGGCGUGCCGGACAGCGUCCAAAGCAUGGACGGUGUGAUGCACAACCCAGCAUUGGGGAGCUCAAUACAACUAUUUGAACGUGAACCCUCACCCGAAGAACAGGAAAGACGAUUCGACGUGCAGGAAUGGUUGGUUUUCAUCUGUAUCGUUAUUCUGGCAAUGAUGGAUUCGUUCAAUGCGACCGUUCUGAUUCCAGCCUUACCUGACCUGGCAAACACAUUUGCGAAGCCACUAGCAAGCACAUUCUGGGUUAACACGGUAUACCUCCUUUUCGGCGCAGGCAGCCAACUAUACUUUACAAUGAUGAGCGAAGUCUUCAGCCAUGGACCCAUAUGGAUCAUCGCCGUAGUCGUCGCAACAAUCGGCACAGGAAUCUGUUGCGGCUCCAUGAGUCUAGUGGAACUGAUAAUCGGCCGCAUGAUCCAGGGUAUCGGCAGCGGGGGCGCAAUGGGCCUGUGUUUUGUGAUAAUGACCGAGACGAUGCCUGAGUCCAUCCACUCACGAUAUUCGUGCUAUAUCCUACUUACACGCAUGUGUGGCGGCAUCCUGGGUCCCAUUAUAGGAGGCUUGUUCAUUGACAAUGCUAACUGGAGGUGUGCGUUUUAUUUCAACUUUAUUUUCUGUGCGCUUGGCUUGUUGGGGAUUCCAUUUGCCGUGGAUCUUCGUGCGUUGACGCAUAUCCCGAUGCGCAAAGUGCGCAUUUUGGAUUGGUCGGGCGCUACUUUGGCCUUUUUGGGUCUUGGGAAUAUCCUGGUUGGUCUUUCUUGGGGUGGGAGCUUGUAUCGUUGGGGGGACUGGCAGACCAUUGUGCCUCUUGCCAUUGGCGCUGUCUUUCUUCUCGUGCUUCUCUUUUGGGAGUCUAAGUGGGCGCUGUAUCCGCAGUUUGGGAGGAGGGUAUUUCGAUCGAGGAUGAUGGCUAUGACACAUCUAGGAUGCCUUUUGCAUGGCUUUGUGGUCUUUGCCCACUUGCAAUUCUUCCCAUUGUACUUCAUUUCCAUUCAUUAUAUGUCCGCCACCUUGUCGGGCCUCACCUUGCUUGCCAUGGUUGGGAUGGCAAUUGUGCCCGCUACGGUGGUUGGUAUCACUCUCGCCAAAGAGUUGAGAUGUACCCAGUGGAUCAUCUCCGGUGGUUGGGUAUUGACUGCCCUUGUGAGUGGUUGCUCCAUCCUCUUGGAUAGCUCCACGCCGACCGUAGCGUGGGUAUUCUUGUUGUUUACAGCAGGCCUUGGACAUGGUCUGUUGCUUGCGAGUUACAAUGUUCGCAUCCAGAAUCUGCCCAGAGACGGGGAUUGCUCCCUGUCGACUCUGCCAACAACAAUGUCAAAUUACAUGCGAGCUUGGGGUAUGGCAGUUGCGGUCCCUGUUGGAGGAGUAGUGUUGUUGAACUUCUUCGGCAAUGGGUUUGCAAAUGUUGACCUGGAUCGAGAUAUGGUAAACACUGCCAACGGAUAUCUCAUUCUGAUGAAGGAUGUGAGCAUGACAAGUCCACAGAGGGAGGCGAUUACAAUUGUUUCGGUCGCAGCAUUUCAAGCAGUAUGGGAUCUCAUCACGGCUGUGGCUAUUCUCGGGGGAAUUUCCUCUGGUUUCCUGUGGCGGGAAAAAUAA